AAGCUUUCAAAAUUUGAAACGCGAAAACCUCCCAGAGAGCCCCACCAAAGGCGCUUCCGCACUCGAUACCACCCCCAAAACCCUUCCCCCACGUUCCCUCCUUUCACUUUUCCUCUUGAAUUUCAUAAAAGCUGAGGCGAAAGUGCUGCAAAAAUUGAACAAGUUUCCCUCAAGGAAAAGGAAAUGGAAAAGGAAAACGACUCCAAUGGUUCUGCUGUUCAAGUAAAGGGAGUCCCCAUCCAUGGUGGAAGAUUCGUUCAGUACAACGUCCUCGGCAACCUCUUUGAGGUUCCCUCCAAGUACAUACCUCCAAUUGCUCCCGUUGGCCGCGGCGCUUACGGUCUCGUGUGCUCUGCUACGAACGCCGAGACGAAGGAAGAGGUGGCGAUUAAGAGAAUUGCGAAUGCUUUUGAUAACAGGAUUGAUGCGAAGAGGACUUUGCGCGAAAUCAAGCUUCUGACGCACAUGGAUCACGAAAAUGUUAUUAAAAUUAAGGAUAUUAUACGGCCUCCUGAUAAAGAGGAUUUCAAUGAUGUAUACAUUGCGUACGAACUGAUGGAUACUGAUCUGCACCAGAUAAUAUGCUCGUCACAGGAACUUACUGAGGACCACUGUCAAUAUUUCCUUUACCAGCUAUUGCGAGGACUUAAAUACAUACAUUCUGCCGAUGUUCUGCACCGUGAUUUGAAACCCAGCAAUUUGCUUCUGAAUGCCAAUUGUGACCUGAAGAUUUGUGACUUUGGACUUGCAAGAACCACGUCGGAGACAGAUUUUAUGACUGAAUAUGUUGUAACCAGAUGGUAUCGAGCUCCUGAAUUAUUGCUCAACUGUUCUGAGUAUACUGCAGCAAUUGAUAUGUGGUCAGUUGGUUGUAUAUUGAUGGAGAUUAUCAAAAGAGAGCCUCUUUUUCCAGGUAAAGACUAUGUUCAGCAGCUGGGGCUGAUAAAUGAGCUGCUGGGAUCCCCUGAAGAUUCCGAUCUUGGAUUUUUAAGGAGUGAAAAUGCUCGGAGAUAUGUCAAGCAGCUCCCCCAUGUGCCUAAGCAACCUCUUUCUCAGAAGUUCCCAGAUGUAUCCCCUGUUGCAAUAGAUCUUGCAGAGAAAAUGCUCGUCUUUGAUCCUGCUAAACGUAUUUCUGUUGAGGAAGCACUAAAUCAUCCAUUUUUAUCAAGUCUCCAUGAGAUCAAUGAGGAACCUACUUGUCCAUCUCCUUUUGUGUUUGAUUUUGAACAAUCAUCUUUAAGCGAAGAGGACAUAAAGGAGCUAAUAUGGAGGGAGUCUCUCACCUUCAACCCGGAAUAGAUGUGGCCAUCUCUGUCUUGUGGUGCUCGAGGCUUCAUGUUUGUUUUGGUCGAGUGUAAAUACAUGAUUUUUCGUUUGUCAUGUGUGUUAAUGUGUUGUAUAAGGUAAACAUUCCUAUAUAAUCUGGACCAUGAGGAGAUAUGGUGGCUCAUGCAAGACAAAGAAAUAGCUAUGUAAGCAUCGGAUUCAACUUUAUCUCCAAGAAUCCAUUCCCCAGCAAAGUCGAUCCAAUGAUGGAGUAUAUCCAUUCAGCCAUAAUGUUGUAAUAGAUUCUGCAAUUUUGUGUUUCCUAAGAAGUAUAACGGGUGCAAGAUCAAAAAGUCCCGACGAUGUCUGAAACUUGUUCCCUGAGAUAUCCCAUGUCUGUUAUUUUCUGUCU